CCCGUCGUACACAGAGCUCGGUCGAAGCCCGUGCGCUGACGACAGAGAGGACCAGAAAACGUACACAGCUCCUCUUGGACACAUCGGAACCGUACCGAAGGCGAAUGUCCGCGAAACUCCACUUCAAUUAACGCAUUUCGGAAUUCGGCUGGCCCAUUGCUGAUGCUGCUUUGCCCAGGUGUGUGUGUGAGUGUGUAAUAUGAUGAAAGUUCCUUAAAAACCGCACACAAAGCACAGAGAGCGGGUCAUUCGAGUCUCGAUCACAAGGGUGCAUCAAAACGAACCAAACCAGCUGCGAAUGCACCAGCGUUAAGGAAACUGCACAUUCAAACUGCACACUGCGGGGUCAGAGUAAAGUAAAACAAGCGGACUCGCUAGCAACGUACAUUACACAUGCAACAGCGCACGCGAAAAAGCGAAAGCUUCUGGUGUGCAGGCCAUUGCGCGCUUGUUGACACGAAAAACGGCUUUUCCUGCCCGUCCCCCUCUCGGUGAGGUCGUGCCCCACCGGUCAAGAAGGAAGUGAAUUAUACUGCCGCGAGUGAAAACCGUUGCAAAUUGCCAGAUUUUCAGAUACACGCGGAGAAGCUGGAGGGAAUUGCAUCCACCGCGUAGCGGCUGCAUAGAGAAAGUAGCGUUUGCAGCAGCAUCAUUAACAGCAGUGCCGGUGUGUUUGUGUCUGUGUUGAGUGUUUUCCUUGUUUCCGUGGCCUACUAGCGGGCGGGUACAUUGGGGUUGCAAAAAGAAAAAAAAAGAAAACGUUUAAUGUCAUCCGCGUAGGGUUUGGCACACCACGAAAUAGCGCGCGCGGUUUGUGUCUUCUGGGAAGACAUUUUGCUCUGUAGUGGCAGUAAAGCAGGCGGUGAAGAAAAUUUUCCACUUCCGUUGCUAGCUCGCGUCCAAGAAGAACGAGCUAGGUGGAUUCGUUUCCAUUUCUCCGUGUCGGUGGCAAGGCUUAUCUGGCCAGUGAGAUUAGUAGGUACGCGUGUUGUGCGCAGUGAAAAAAGUGCAGUUUUCCAUAAGUAAAGGUCGUUUGUGAAAGGUGCUCCAGAGAAACGACGCGAAAGGAUGCCGUUCAUUUCCAAGGAUUGGCGCUCGCCGGGAGACUCCUGGGUGAAGACGGACGAGGGCUGGGAGAAGCUGAAGGUGCUGGAGUGUGUCAAGCGGAAACGAUGCAUUUCGGAGUGCAGUAGCACCAGUGACACCGAGAACGACACUGAGAAUGGCGACAACGAAGUAGUACCGCCACACUGUCACAUCACGCUGAAGUGCACCCGGGAGAUUGCCGGCUUCAACGGGCUCGGGGAGGCGGUCCGGCGGCUCGAUUUCCGCAGCUCGGUACGGGACGGCCGUCGGUUUAACUACGUCUGUGCGCUGCUCCGGCUGCUCGUGUCCGGCAAGGGCAUAACCAGCCUUCCGGGCGGUGCCCAGCGGCUGCUGCUCCAGAUGCUGGAGGAGGUAGCGACGUACGUGAGCGACUCGCAGCAGAACAUUAACGUGCUGCGGGGGCUGGUGCAGCAGCUGCGCGCGCUGCUGAACCAGGAGAACCAAAAGUGCUGGGGCAAACCGCUCGGCAGCCAGAGCCUGUGGGCCGAGCACGUGCAAACCAUCCAGCGCAUACAGGAUAUAGCUAGUCAGAUUGAAAUUAAGGAGCCCGGUCCAAACAUUCGUCCAAAACUACACGACCUGCCCGAGGAGUGUGUGCGCGAGAUCAUACUCCGAAUCACCGACUACAAGGAUCUGGAAGCGUCGGCCUCCGCCUGGUCGCUGAUGGCCGCCCUCAUCUCCGAGCAGCGGGUGUGGCGCGAGCUGUCCCACUACCACUUCACCAAGCAGCAGAUCGAUGUGGUGCUGGAGAAGAUGUGUCUGCAGGAUACGAAGGAGCGGCACCGCAACUGGCAGGCGAUCUACCACGCCUUGCGCAAGAUGUACGGUGUGCGGGAGGAGCUUCAGUAUGCGGAAAUUCUAGCGUUCUGUCGGCUGUGUCGCUGCCUGUUCUGGCCAUCCGCGGGUCAUCCGUGCAUCGUCGACCAGUGUCCCGAUUUUCGGCAGCGCGUCCAGGAGGCGGGCAACAGUAAUAGCAACGAAACACAGCCCGUGCCGCCGGCAAAGUUUCUGCAGUACUUUUCGCUGUAAGCGAGUGAGGAGCAGAGCCUCUCAUGCGCUGUUGUUGUACUUCCAUUGCUGGCAAUGAUCACGGGCGAUAGCAGAACGUUUGAAGAAGCUGGUGCGCGAACGCCAGCCAAGGACGCGAGAAGGAUCGAUACCGAACAGCCACAGCCACUCUAUCUUCACUCAACUACAUAUAUAUUUAUAUUUUUCUAAACUAAACAGAGAACCAACAAGACAAGCCGAGCAGUGUGCGUAAUUUUUGUGUUCAAACGUGGCGACAUCCCCAUGGAGAGAUAGAAAGUGAGACGUUAGUGAUACAUGACUACAUCUUGUAAAACCCGGUUAACCACACACGGAAAAGAACUGAACAGGGGGGUUUUAAAGCGCCAAACACAACCGACCCACAGGAGCCGGCACUGUUAUAGGGAGAAGAAAAGCUUGGAAACGAUCGAAAACAAGAAAAAAAAACUUUAUAUAUAUUCAUAAAAGAGUAACCCAACACAGAGAUACAUAUUUUGGGAAGAUGAGGUGCGCCGGCAUGUAAGUUUUACCGUUAAAAAGGAACUAUUUUCAAAAGAGCCAGCAAAUCCAUAUUUAAUCCGUUGCAUGUGCGUACAGGAAUGUGCUACAAACUAUUUACCUAAUGUAUCGGGGCAUGUGUUGUAAUAAUCAGCGGCGACCGUGUGGUUGACCGAAAUCCCACACACACACACACGACAUCGGACAAUACGGUUCGUACAGGAAAUUCUUGAGCCCGUUUUUUUCAAACAACCAUUCACUUUCUUACCGAUAGUAAUGGUGUAGCAUACGUACGAUAGGAAUAUGAAUUUUGCAUAGCAAGUUACUCCUUUAACCCGUAUUACCACUACUCUACAAAUGUGAUCGAUCGGAGCGAUUGCAAUUUCUUCACGUGUUUAGUCAGAACGGACGCAGUUUUUUCUCUAUCUAAUUGUGAUAAGUGAAAGUAGUUGGUUAGACUCGGUUGUUCAAACUGUGUUUCGCCCGUUUCGUGCGUAGUAAUAAUGAUCUUGAUUCGAUGAUAUUAACACAAAACAGGUGACCGAACGAAGGCAAACUAGAGAAUGGAAAAGGGAUGGUUUGAAGUUUGAAGGUGAGGUUGUGUGUAAAGAUGAGAUUGUGGAGCAGUCAGAAGGCAGAUGAGUAUGUAGCAAUUAUGUGAUAUGUGAAAAGCGAUGCCGAUGCGGAUGGGGCGAGAAUAGAGAUCGGAAAAGGCAAUCGGAGUGAGAGAGAUGGCAGAAAUAGGAAACAUUUUUCAUAAAGCGAACGUUAGUUUUUUAGCAUUGCAACAUUGCAUUCAAUUUUAUGUAUAGAGAUGAACGAACGUAGCUUUUUGGGACGUUUUGUGCGGACUCUUUCGAACGCAGUUAGCUUAGCGUACACAUCGAACGUACUCGAAGUAGAUGGUACUGCUGUACCAGAAGCACUCGAUGGCGUACCGUAUCGAUAGAGAAUUUCAUUUCCCGUUUCUGACUCGUUCAACUAUUUUACAUGCGAUGCGCAAUACUGGUGGACGGCGGGAAGGAGCAGCAUCCUCAAAUCCGAUAUCAUCAUAUCUCGUAGAAUAAGCAUAAAUAUCGUUUGAUUUCACUGGUAGUAUAAACAAUUAUUUCAAUGUCUCUUCUUCGACAGUUCGAGGAUGGGGUUUCCCCCCCCCCACGAUUCAGUGUUCCGUUGUGUCCGUGUUUGAUAGUGUAUGCAUCGUUGGAAUUAUAGAUUCCCUUCAUUUCUCGUUCAAUGGAAGCAAAUCGACACAAAACACGCUUAGUAGAAUUCCAUGUAGCAGCAGCAGCUCUGGCGGGAUGGGUAAAAGUCCCGCGCCGAGCGUCGUAUAUAGGACAGGGAUGGAGUUGAGCUGAUGGAAGCAAAGAAAAGGUUAACUGGAACGCACUGGUUGGAGAUGAGCGAUGCGCCGAGGGAAAGCUAAGUAGGACGUAACUUACUCAAGUAAUGGAAGCAAAAUAUCACUACAGACAAGUGAAGAAUUUUAAGUAAAUCUAUUACGAUAUUAAAAA